AUGCCUCCCACAAUCCCCACAAAGCAAUGGGCCCAAGUCAUCGAACAAAAAGGCGGACCUCCAAUCUACAAAGAAAUCCCCGUCCCAAAACCCGGCCCAGACGAAGUCCUCAUCAAAAUCAAAUACACAGGCGUCUGCCACACAGAUCUCCACGCCAUGAAAGGCGACUGGCCGAUCCCCCUCAAGCUCCCCCUAGUAGGCGGCCACGAAGGCGCCGGCACAGUCGUUGCAAAGGGCUCUCUAGCACAGGGAAUUGAAAUAGGCGACAAAGCAGGUAUCAAGUGGUUGAAUGGAUCUUGUCUUGCGUGCGAGUUCUGUAAGACCUCGGACGAGCCGCUAUGUGCUGAGGCGAAGUUGUCGGGUUACACUGUUGACGGGACGUUUCAGCAGUAUGCGAUUGGGAAGGCGGCGCAUGUUACGAGGAUUCCGGAGGGUGUGGAGCUUGAUGCUGUUGCGCCUAUUCUUUGUGCGGGGAUUACGGUUUACAAGGGGCUUAAGGAGUCGGGGGCUCGACCGGGUCAGACUGUUGCUAUUGUUGGGGCUGGGGGUGGAUUGGGUUCUUUGGCGUUGCAGUAUGCUAAGGCUAUGGGGUUGAGGGUUGUUGCUAUUGAUGGUGGGGAGGAGAAGAAGGAUAUGUGUGAGAGUUUGGGUGCUGAGGCAUAUGUUGAUUUUACCAAGUCCAAGGACCUUGUUGCGGAUGUCAAGGCUGCUACGCCUGAGGGCCUAGGUGCUCACGCCGUGCUUUUGCUCGCCGUUUCUGAGAAACCUUUCCAGCAGGCUGUUGAAUAUGCGCGUCCACGCGGCGCUAUCGUUGCUAUCGGUCUACCAGGGAAUGCGUUCCUCAAGGCACCUGUCUUCGAUAGCGUUGUCAGGAUGAUCAAUAUCAAAGGCAGCUACGUCGGUAAUCGCCAAGACGGUGUUGAAGCUCUUGAUUUCUUUGCUCGUGGUUUGAUCAAAGCGCCAUUCAAGACUGUUCCUCUCAAAGAGUUGCCUAAGGUGUUUGAGCUGAUGGAGCAAGGCAAGAUUGCCGGUCGCUAUGUGCUCGAGGUACCGGAGUAA